CACCACAUCUAAGUCCAACUUUAUUUAUUCUCGCUUCCCUCGCUAGCUCCCAAAACCCACCCUUUAAAACAAGCCGAUUCCCCCCUCCGAUCCCCCCACAUCAAACACACUUGACACUACCUCACAUUCAUUCCCCCUCUCUCAAGUUCCCAACACACUUGAUAUAUAUCCAAGAAAAUAUACCAGCUAGAGCUUCUCGGUCCCUAGACUCGCCGCACCUUGACGACAGAACGUGUAACGUACGUGUAGGUGUUCGACGACAUGGAUUCUUCUCCUUCUGACCUAACCCUAGACUACACUCCCAACGGCAACGGCAACGGCGGUGGCGGCGGCGGGCAUCCGAUGACCCCGAAGCAAGCGCCGCUGGUGGUGGAGCAGCACCAUCUGACGGCGGCGGAGCAAGCGUCGGCGACGACGACGGUCCAGAAGCUGCAGGAGUUCCUUUCCCGGCUGGACGACGAGCGGCUCAAGAUCGACGCCUUCAAGCGCGAGCUCCCCCUCUGCAUGCAGCUCCUCAACCAAGCCAUGGAGGCGUACAGGCAGCAGCUGGAGGCGUGCCAGAUGGGGAGCAGCCAUGGCGGCACGGCGGGGCCAGGCAGGGCGCCGCUGGUGCUGGAAGAGUUCAUACCGCUGAGCAAGAACAUCGACGCGGCGGACCAGAAUCAGCAGGCGGCGUCGGAGAACCCGAAAGCGAGCUGGAUGGUGUCGGCGCAGCUCUGGAACGGGCCGCCGCCGUCGUCGGCGGACGCCCCGCAGACGCCCAAGGAGCGCUCCGAGCACCCGCCUCUCGAUGCCGGCACCCGGGGCAACGGCGGCGCGUUCCUCCCGUUCACCAAGGAGAUGAUCACGACGACGGCGGAUCAUAGCCCGGCCGCGCUGCUUCCGGAGCUCGCCCUCGCGCCCGGCGCCGAGAAGGACGCCUUGGUCGGAAUCAACAAUGGUCUGUCUGCCUCUGGGGACAAGAAGCCGUAUCUUCACCAUGACGCUGGCGGCGGCGGCAACAACGGCCUGGCCGUCGCGAGGAGAGACGACGACGUACUGCAGAACGGGUCGCAGACGACGACAGCCGCGGCAGCGCCGCAGACGAACCGGAAGGCACGGCGGUGCUGGUCGCCGGAGCUGCACCGCCGCUUCGUCAAUGCGCUCCAAAUCCUCGGCGGCGCUCAAGUGGCGACCCCGAAGCAGAUCCGGGAGCUGAUGAAGGUGGACGGAUUGACCAAUGAUGAGGUGAAAAGCCAUCUCCAGAAGUACAGGCUGCACACGCGGCGGCCGAUGCAGGCGCCGGCUGCUCCCCCUGCCGGCGCGCCGCAGUUGGUGGUGCUGGGGGGCAUAUGGAUGCCGCCGGACUACGCGGCGCAGGCGGCGCAGGCGGCGGCGGGGCCGGCGGCCAUCUACGGCGCGCACCCGGCCACGCAGACGCACUACACGGCGGCGGUGUCCUCGGCGGCGGCGCAGGAGUACUACCACUCCGCCGCCGCGCACCACCACCACCUGCAGCAGCAGCAGCACCACCACCCGCACCCGGCCAUGGCGCACGGCCGCGCUAUGGCCCCGCCGGCCGCCGCCUACAAGGUGCACCACCCGGUGGCGGCGUCGCCGGAGUCCGAGGGCCGGGGGAGCGGCGGCGGCGGUGGCGGCGGGAGGGAGAGGUCGGAGAGCAUCGAGGAGGAAGGCGAGGGCGAGGACGAUGAAGACGACGAGGACGCCAUUGCCGCGGACGCCGAAGCCGAGGAGAUCAAGUACUAGGCCGACGAGGACGCCAUGAGCGCGCUCCAUUAAUUAGCUAGCUCUCGAGUACCGAUCGUUUUUCCUCCUAUCCGUAUAUAAAGUGAUUUUUUGUUCGGUCGCGGAGAACGGGAGCCGAAAUCUCUUGCUACCUGGAUGGAUCCAGUCGAGUGGAGAGCAGUGAGUGAAGUGGACGAGUAGCAGCAAGCGGCGGGCCUGCUGCCGGAGCUUGAGAUUGUCUCAUUCGUGAUGUGAUACACGGAUGGAUGGAUUUGUGAGAGAUCUAUUUUCUUUCUUCCUUUUUGGGCUUGACAUUCCCCUCUUUUUUUUUGCUAAUCAGCUGUACUAAUAAUCUACUAGUACUAGUAAAUAUAUGUCAUGAUGGAAAUUAAUAUGAUCUGCAUUGUACAUAGUUUGUUGGAGGUAGAAAUAAUACUAUCAGCCGGGACGAGGCGUGUUCUGCGCUA